AUUAGUACAGUAGCAAAGUACGGAAAUCGGAGAGGGUCAAAAGAAUCGAAAGCACUUCCGUAGUGUACCGUCACGUCUCCCUAUUAUCAACACAGAGAUUCAACGAAAAAUACGGCGCUGGCAGUCAUUAACGGUGGGGUCCCAGCGCAAACAGGGAAGACCGUGGGGUCAUGUCAUGACUGCCACUUACAUCCAUCACCACCAUCAUCAUGUCUCUGGGGGACAGUCCUCACUUGCUGCUCGGCCGGAUUCGCUUUCUGAACCGUUGUAUUGAGUGUUUCCGAAACAGUGAGCCCCUUCCCGACAGCCUGUGUUAUGUGCCCAGAGAAGUGUGCUAUAAGAUCUGCAAGGAUUCGUCCUCCAGCUCCUGCGCCACUGCCUCGGGGGCCUCCACGGGAGGCUCCGGUAAGACUGUGGUAUCAGUCUUUGACAGCCCACACCAGAGUCCGAUUAAUAAGAAACUAUGCAAGUAUGCCAUUGAGCUAAAGAAAGGGACGUGUAUCCGGACCUCAGGGGAGGAGUACUGUAACAGCCAAGGUCUCUGGGUCAAGAUAAAUAAGGAGCAGCUGGAAGAACACCGUCCUGGCCAAGAGCUAGAGGAAGGCUGGAUCCUGGUGUGCAAGCACACUGAGGGCGGCGACAGGCUGGUGCCGGUGGAGUCGCCCGAGACGGUGGGCAGACAACAGCAGCUCUUGGGCUACGACCACAAGGCGUGCAACAGGUGGGAGCACGUGGUGGACGUGGAGAAUGCCUUGUUCCUUGGAUCCAAACCCAAGAUAGCGGAGUCGGACGCCGCUGCGGUAGAGAAGCUGAGGUACAUACCUCCAACGUGGACAUAUGAAUGCGAUGAGGACCUGGUGCACUACUUCUAUGACCACGUCGGCAAAGAGGAUGAGAACCUGGGCAGCCUGAAGCAGAGCGUGACCAGUAUUGACGUUUCCUCAUGUUCGGAGGAUCCCAGCGGCGGCGUGAACAGCUUGACAGAUGGCGACACCAAAACGUAUUGGGAGAGCGAUGGAAUGCAGGGACAGCACUGGAUACGCCUUCACAUGAAGAGGGGCACUGUUGUCAAUAAGCUGAUUUUGACGGUGGACUCCACAGAUGACAAUUACAUGCCAAAGAGGGUGACCGUCUACGGAGGCGAGGGAGACACCCUGAAGAAGCUGAGUGACGUCACCAUUGACGACAAUCUGAUUGGCGAGAUAUGCGUGCUGGAAGACAUGUCAUCUCACCUGCCGGUCAUUGAGGUCCGAAUUGAGGAAUGUCGGGAUGAGGGUAUAGAUGUGCGCAUCCGAGGCUUGAAAAUCAAGUCAUCAUGCGAGCGAGACCUGGGACUGAACGCCGACGUCUUUCAGUCCUCCUACUUGGUUCGCUACCCCCGUCUGCAGGGGACGCCGGCUGAUGUCCUUUACCGUCGAGCGCUGAUCAUCCAGAGGUUCAUUUCUUUACUAGACAACGUUCUCCCGCACUUUGUGCCUGCCUGGGAUUACAGCCUGGGCACCUUCAACCACAUCAAAAGCAUAAAGCAAUUUCUACUGCAGUCCAAACGCCGCUCUGCGCUGGUCACGCAGUGCCUGAAGGACUCAGAAACCAGCAAGCCCAACUUUCUGCCGUGCCUCUACAUCAAUAGGCGGCUUGCCAUGGAACAUAGGGACAACCCCUCGCUGGACCCCAGCUGCAAAAACGCAGUGUUCAGUCAGGUGUAUGAAGGCCUAAAGCCGUCCGAUAAAAUGGAGAAGAGUUUGGAUUACAGGUGGCCCGCUCGUUACGACCAGUGGUGGGAAUGCAAGUUCAUCGCAGAGGGCAUCAUUGACCAGGGCGGCGGCUUCCGGGACAGCUUGGCCGACAUGUCGGAGGAGCUUUGUCCCAGCUCGGCUGAAUGUCCAAUGCCGCUACCCUUCUUCACGCGAACGUCCAACCAGGGUGCCUUGGAGGCCAGAGACUACUACGUCCCCAACCCAUCCUGCAAAGAAUUCCACAAGUAUGAGUGGAUUGGGCAGCUCAUGGGUGCAGCACUUAGAGGGAAAGAUUUCCUUGUUCUAGCUCUGCCCGGUCUGGUGUGGAAGCAGCUGACCGGCGAGGCAGUCAGGUGGAGCAAAGACUUCCAAGCUGUUGACUCUGUGCUGGUCAACCUGUUGGAUGCCAUGGACAAUAUGGACCGCGAGACGUUCGAGUUCCGUUUUGGCGAGGAGCUGGUGUACACGACGCUGCUAAGCGAUGGCCAGAUGGUGGAGCUAGUCCCAGGCGGCGGAAAUGUGGCCGUCCGCUACGAGGACCGCCGCGAGUUCAUCCGCCUGGUGCAAAAGGCUCGACUAGAGGAAAGCAAGCAACAGGUGCCUGUCCGCGCUAAUGUCCCGACGCUCGCCAUUUGCACUUUACGGGUCAUCCGUCUGUUUGCGGAAUCGCAGAUUGCGGCGUUACAAGCCGGGCUGCUCAAGGUGGUCCCACAGGCGGUUCUGGAUCUCCUCACCUGGCAGGAAGUAGAGAAGAAAGUUUGCGGAGACCCAGAGAUCAGCGUGGAAGCACUCAAAAGACUCACUUGCUAUGAGGACCUGGAACAAAAUGACGUUCGUGUGCAGUAUUUGUGGGAGGCGCUCACCAACUUCACAAAUGAGGACCGUAGCAGAUUUCUGAGGUUUGUGACAGGUCGAAGUCGUCUUCCCGCCCCCAUUUACAUCUUUUCUGACAAGCAAGUAUUUUGCUCUGAGAGCGACGCGCUUCCACAAUCUUCCACAUGCUCCAGCACACUCUAUUUACCCAACUACCCGAGCGCCAAAGUUUGCGAGGAGAAACUGCGCUACGCCGCCUACAACUGCGUGGCCAUCGACACGGAUGUGAGCCCUUGGGAAGAGUGACCCCUCCAGCAGUUUCGCUGCACUUGCAUCACUUUUGAAAAGGAAGAACUGUCACAGCUGUAAAUAAUAGAGAAAGAGAAAAUAAUAAAGAAAUGUACUGUUUAUGGAAACUUGA